AUGCGAUUCUUGGCAAAACUUCGGCUAGCUUGGAAAUUUCGUGGACCACUCAUAGCAGUUGCUUUGGUAGAGAAAGGGAAUCACACGCACAACUUCACACAUGCAACCCAUAAACCUUUGGUAAUGCGAAACCUCAAAAUCGUGACGAGGUCGCUCCUGCGAUUCUCGGGAGAAGAGCCAUUGCCCCUCACUGAAACUGCGUGGGAUCCCGCGACCAACGCCUUGAUAUGUUCUUUUGGCCCUUCCGAAUCACGUGCGACCAUCGAACUCAAGCGAUUACAUUACACGCGCAACGGUGCAGAGGAACGCCUUGAGAACAUUGCGUCGUGGGAUGCGCCGUGCCCAUUGCCCUCGCUUACCCAUGACUCAGUGUUAAGCCUGCAACAUUUCUCUGAUACAGCCACGUCAUGUUUGAUACUGGCCGGAGGCGACAUCGUCCUUGUGAGGGAGAAUCCGCUGGCGAAUGAAGAGUUGGUAGAGAUUGUGGGCUCAGUAGACGCUGGAAUAUCGGCGGCAGCCUGGUCUCCAGAUGAGGAACUACUCGCAAUCACCACUCUCGCCGACACACUCCUGUUGAUGAGUCGAGAUAUUGAAAACAUCGCCAGCAUCAAUCUCGCUCCCGAGGAUGUCAAUGUUUCAAACCAUGUUUCCGUAGGCUGGGGGAAGAAGGAAACUCAGUUCAAGGGCAAGAGAGCAAGGGCACUGCAAGAUCCCACCGUACCAGAGUCUGUCGACGAAGGUGUGCUCAGCGCUCUCGAUGAUCGAUCCGUCACAAUCAGCUGGAGAGGCGAUGGUGCCUACUUUGCAGUCAGCAAAGUUGAUGAAGACCGACGUCGCAUGAUUCGGGUCUACUCAAGAGAAGGACAACUUGACAGUGUAAGCGAACCAGUGGAUGGCCUGGAAGGGGCGCUCAGCUGGCGGCCCUCAGGAAAUCUUAUUGCUGGUGUCAAACGGUCGAGUGACAAGAUGGAAGUCGUCUUUUUCGAGCGAAACGGUCUACGCCACGGCCAAUUUGAUCUGCGUCUCAGUCAAGAAUCGCUGGAUGAGUUAAAGAUGCCCCUCGCACUCAAGUGGAAUAGCGAUUCUAGUGUUCUUGCUGUCGCCUACCCUGAUAAGGUGCAAUUAUGGACCAUGAGCAACUACCACUACUAUCUCAAGCAGGAACUGCCGUUUCAAGAAGCUAGUACAAAGCCGAUAGCAUGUACAUGGCACGCUGAGAAGCCAUUGGCGCUAGCUAUAUCGACUGCAGAUGCACUGCAAAUACUGGAAUAUGCCUCAACCGUCGCCGCUGGCUCAACCGUGCCGCCCAACGAUUUUGGUAUGAUCGCGUCGAUCGAUGGAUUAACACUAAAGCUCACGCCGCUAAGACUUGCCAAUGUACCGCCUCCAAUGGCAUUACAAACACUUUCGCUUGAAUCAGUACCGGUUGAUGUAGCGCUGUCGAAAUCGGGAACUCGUUUGGCAAUACUUUCAAACUGCGAACUUGCCGUCUACGCUCUUGACAUGCACAAGCGGCCUAUACCGAAGCCCGUACCAGUUUGGCGCAGCGAUGCUCUCAAAGAUUAUUCGCCACGUCACGUCGCCUUCUUCGGGAACGAGAGCAUUCACGUAUUAAUUGAUAAUUGGGAUGAAGAAGAAGCCUUCCUUUGGCGUAGCGAGGGUACAGAUGUCGUUCCCCAUGGACCAAUCAUGGAGACAGAGAAUGUCUCCUCGCUACUCUCCAGUGUAGACCAUUCCGCUAUCUACACAGAGUUUCAGAAUGGAGCUUUGCAUCAAGUAGACAUGACAGAAGACAUGUCUCCACAGACCCCUUUGGUCCAGAAGUUACCCACCUUCUGCGCUGAGGUUCAAGUUGCACAUGUGGAGGGACAGGUAUUGGCGUUUGGCUUGACAAAAAGUGGCAUUCUUUACGCCAAUGACAGAGUAUUGGCACGAAACUGCACGUCGUUUGUAGUCACGUCAGCCCAUCUCAUCUUCACGACUACGCAACAUUUACUCAAAUUCGUGCACCUCAGUACUGCAGAAGAACUUGAAGUACCAGCCGAUGAGCCUCAAAAGGACGAACGAUGUAGGAGCAUCGAACGCGGUGCCAAACUAGUCGCGGUCAUGCCAACAGUCUACUCGGUAGUUUUGCAGAUGCCAAGAGGUAAUCUUGAGACGAUUUACCCACGAGCACUCGUACUUGCUGCCAUCCGCCGCAAUAUCGAAGCCGAGCAAUAUGACGAGGCAUUCCUUACUUGCCGAAACCAACGCGUCGACAUGAACAUUCUGCACGACCAUGAUCCGGAGCGAUUUAUGGCUAACAUCGAGAAGAUUGUGAUACAGAUCAAGAAGAUUGAACAUAUCGACCUACUUCUGGCCCAACUUCGUGAUGAGGAUGUUUCAGAAACGAUGUACAAGGAAACUCUCAAGGCCAAAGAGCUAGACACCAAAUCACAUCUAUCACAAGACAAAAUAGCCAACAAAGUCAAUCGCAUCUGUGAUACAUUUUUGGCCGUGCUCGAACAGUCGCAGUACAAAGACGUGCAUCUACAGAACAUUAUAACAGCGCACGUCUCCAAGGUACCACCGGCUCUUGAGAACGGUCUCGAAAUGAUAGGACGACUUCAAGCAAUCCAAGACCCGCUCACAGACAAGGCUGCUGAGCACAUCUGCUUCCUUGCCGACGUGAACCAGCUUUACGACACGUCACUUGGUCUAUACAACCUUGAUCUUACUCUUCUUAUUGCACAGCAAUCACAAAAAGAUCCUCGAGAGUAUCUUCCUCACCUACAGUCGCUGCAAGAUAUGUCUACUCUUCGACGGCAAUUCACAAUUGACGAUCAACUCGGUCGUCGAGCCAAAGCGCUUUUGCACCUCAGAGAUUUACAGGUCUUCGAUGAGGUCCUCGAAUACGUGCAGAAGCACGCUCUCUACUCGGAGGCACUUAGCAUCUACCACUACGAUACUUCCCGCCUAAAGGAGAUCAUGCGUUUCUACGCCGACCAUCUUAGCGCAAACAAUAACCACAAGGAAGCAGCACUAGCAUACGAGUUCCUCGAUGAUUACUCUUCAGCAUGGCCAUGUUAUCGCUCUGCCAACCUAUGGCGCGAAGCCCUUUCCUCCGCUACGCUCGCAGGCGUCUCGGAAGAAGAGCUCGUGUCAAUCGCUUCAUCGCUUGCAGAAGGUCUCACGGAAUCAAAAGACUACCUCUCGGCCUCCAAUCUCACUCUAGACUACCUCUCCGACCUUCCUUCCGCGGCUCGCCUCCUCUGUCGUGGCUGCCACUUCGCCGAAGCAAUCCGCAUCGUCACUUUACGUCGCCAAUCCGACCUACUCACCUCCGUCAUUGACCCGGCCCUCGUUGAGCGCAGCGCAGAAUGA